AUAGUCUGAUCGGAAGCGUCAGUUGAGUCGAAGGUGUUUCGGUCGGGUUCUCCCCCAUGUUUAUUAAUUUCUGACUCAGUGUAUCGACCUUAUAUUGUGAGGAUUGGAGUUGAAUUUUCUGAAUAAUUCAAAGUGAGUUUUCAUUAUUGUGGAUUUUCCGAAGGUUUGCUGAAAAUUGGAACAGAAGUGAAAUUGUUGCGUAAAAACAUUCUACAGCGACAAAGCUGAGUGGAAAAGAAAGUGACGUCACAAUUGGAUUGGAUUAUUUUUGGUUAAAAUUUUGCCUAAAAAGUGGUUUAAAUCACGAAAAACUAUUAUCAAUUGGUGCAAAAGGUGUUGAAACAUUGUUUGACGCACGAUUUUCCGGUAAAUCAAGGAUAAUUUCCAAGAAAAAUCCGUGAUUUUCUUCUGGGUUGAACAUAACCUCAAACAUAAAUAUAAAUACACUCGGUGAUAGAGUGGUGGUGUUCGCCACAAAGAAUCGGAACAACGCGUCGCAUCAACUCUGAUUAGUUUCCGUGUGCUGUGGUUCAAAAUAUUUUUCAUCCGCGCACUUCUUGGUAGGAGUGGGAGCCAUAAUAAGAAAAUACAAUAAGAGGGUGUGUGAUGCGUGCACCUCGCUAGUGGAAGAAACGAAGCCAGUAGCCAGAUUCCAAUUUGACUUUGAAGGUGAUAAGACAAAUAAAUUGUGUCGUCGUUUGAUCGUUGCGUUGUAUCGGAACAACCGAAGGUAAACGGCAGUGAGAGUUUUCAAAAUGAGUGCUAGAGUGUGUUACCCGGAGGCGUUGUCGGAGAUAGCGAAGCUACGGUCCCCGGCCGUGGUCCGCAGGCCGCUGUCGAGCGGUAGCUCCCUAGCCAGAGUGAAGAGAGAUCUGUUCGGGCCGGUGGAUAAGCAGGAAACGAAAAAAUUUGUCGACAGCCAGCUGGCCGCCCAAAAUGAAGCUCUCAGCAAAAAGUGGGGCUUCGAUUUCUCCGCUGGUGAGCCACUGCAGCACCACGACCAGUACCAAUGGGAACGGGUGCCACCGACCCUAGCUCCGGCCUGUUUCACCGGUAUGGUGACCCUAACUCGGGUCGCCCACGUAGUGUCCCAGGUAUCUACCAUUUCGGAGAACCUGCUGGAUCAGCGCGCCGAACGGGAGAAUGGAAACGUUUACCAUCGCACCCAAUUGAUCUCCGGAUCGGAUUCGGAAUCGGACAGCAGCUUCGAAACGGUUAGAACUCAUCCGCUGGUGCUGCAAAGUGAAACCAUUGCGACCUCCGCCACCGCAUCCUCCGUUAGCAGCAUUACCUCGUCCUUCCCGGCAAGCGCCAACCGAGCGAAACGACAGCAACGAAUCACAGAUUUCCUGAAGGAACGCAAACGCCUUUCCACCGGAGCCCCAAAGUCCACCGCCUCCGCCGCCAAAAAGGCCCGUCAAAUGUUCGCGUCUUCCGCCUCAGCAGCCCAUUCCAGUGUGCCAUCGUCGCCAUCGGCCCAGAAGCAGGACCUUCAGUAGGACCAAGCACGAUCCGCACGUGCCCGCCCAAAGACUGCCUGAACGGGGACCUGAGGACUCGAAGCUGCCGGCCAAGUAGUGACAGCUUCCUGCGAUCUCAUUCGGUCGUACAAACAAUAAAUAGUUCUAAUCUUAUAUCGUUUUCGUCGUCAGGAGUGGUAAGCCAAAUCGCAUGAGGUUCAUGUUUAUGCUGAUAUUUCUUUCGUAGAGGCCCACUUUGCAGUAGACGAUAAAAUCUUUGAAAAUAACAAAAAAGAUUACUUUUAGAAAGACCAAAGUUUCCUAUUAUAGAAUCAGGAAUGUCUUUCAAGGUAAAUGCCAUUUAUAUUUUAGCUGUUUUAAGAGUAGAUUAAGGCUAAUCCAUUGCUGAAAUUAUUAGCAUCGGAUCUGGAAUACUGGGGUGGUGCGCUAAGGAAUUGAUCGAAUAAGACUACCAUUAUUUUGUAGCGACUAUCCUUAGUACACCUGUCCAUAUUGCUUUUUUUCUUUAAAAUUCUACGACUGUAAAUAUAAUUGAUAAGUUGAUAGUGAACUAUGCAUAUAAAAAUAUAAUUCAUAGAUUUGAUAUCUAAAUAUCUAUUUAGUGGAAUGGUGUAACACUUAUUUGAUUUAAGUUUUCUUUUAUCUGAAAACUUGGAGCAUUCGAUUGUUACAGCUAUAUAUUCGCAAUAACGAUUUGUGUGUAAAUAUGUUCGUCUUAGGGAAAUCAUAGAAACUUUCCUGAACAUGUGAUACCAUAUUAAAUUAUCCGAACUGUGAUAAUGAAGAGGGUAUCACUAUUUCAAAUAAGUUUCACUAGUUUCGCUGAAAAAAUAAGUCCAAAAGCUCUAAGAAUACUUUCCUGUCACACUAACCCAACAAUUUAUACUAUCAAGCGAAAUGAUCUCAAAAGGAUGCUCGUUGCAAUAUCGAACUCGGAAGACUCGGUUUAGAAUAAAACGUACACAGCGUACAACAUGCAAUAUACGACUUUGAGUGCAAUAGACUCGUUUGAUGGAUAUUUGCUGGAGAAACCGUCGACUAGGACCAGUAUUCAAAGACAUUUUUGGCUCAACAUAACGAGGGCAAAUCAACCCGCCCUCUCCCCUCUCAUGGUUAGUGCCGGGAGGAGCAAUCUGACGCGCAAGUUUAAAACUGAUAUUGGUUUGUAAGUGUGCCAAAAUGCGUGUCACGAGUUGUUCUCGACUCGAGGGAGAGUCGCACUCGUUUGGUUUCCUUAUGCUUUUUUUUUAGAUUGCAUUAGAUUUUAAGACAAAACAAAAACCCUUCAAAGCAAAAAAUCAAGCUGUGUGAAUUCGAUGGCCGGUUCUGCCCGGCUUAAUCGAGGAACAACCAAUUCGAGUAGUUGUAUAUCCGUAUUUUAAGAAUUUUGCAUUCGGUACAUACUAGCAAACCGUACUCUACUGUAGACGCUUCAUUAUAAUUGAAACUAGUUUGCAACAAAAUUAUCAUAUUUAUUUUUUACAGUAAAACGGUUUUUUGAAGUCUUUUUCUAAUAAAUAGAUGCUUAAGCUAAUUAUAAAAAAUAAGAAAACAAGUAGAAACAAAAUAAACAGUUAAAGAAAAGAACAAUAUUGGAAAAUAAAGCUUUUUGAAACGUAAAA